CUUCCCACCACCAUACCCAAGAACUUCGACGGCCACCGAGUCCAUCCGCCCUCGCCCAGCCUAUCUGUCACACCUUUCCCGAAAACAUCCCGAAUGAACAGUCAAGAGCUGAAGGGUCGCCAUGUCCCAAUAUGGACACCAUAGGGCCUGGGCCCCUUCUCCCGACCUUUGUUUUGCUUCUUUCUGGCAUCGCUCUGGCCACACGUCAAUGUCUAUCUGAUCAGCCUUAUCAGAGCCAUUGAUACGGUCUGAUAGCAAGACGGCGAGUCCAACUUAGUCAACAAGUUCAGCUUCUUGUUACAAGACCUCCCUGGUCUCGCAGUCUUGUUCCCAAGUUCCGAAAGACACAGACGCUCUGUCAUCUGUUAUCUCUUCUUGGACAUAUUGUUGCUUUCCUUCUGUAUAGACAUCAGCAUCAGUCCAUAGACUACACACCACCAUGGACAACGACCACCGCGACGAGCUUGACCCUCGCGCAAGCGGCCGUCACAACUUCGACUCCGGCGUCGAGUCCCGCGCCUCCCAACGCUCCAACGAAGGCACCAACGAGAACCCCUUUGCUAGUCCCAUACCCACCCGUCCGCCAUCGAGCUUCGACACAUCCUCGCACUCUGGUGGUGUAGCAGCUUACCACGAGGUUCUUCCCGGUGGCCAACGAUACUUCCACUCUCGCCGAGUACGCAAGGGCGAGGUAGAAAAGCCAUGGGCAGAGAAGAAGGACCCCAAGGAGAAGUGGGUGACUAUCAUCCCCCUAAUCGGCAUCUUUGUCGGCCUGGCUAUCUCGGGGUUCCUCAUCUGGGAUGGGAUCAGGUCCGUGGUGAAGCACAAGUACUGUUUGGUACUGGAUGAAGAUUGGAGUCAGGGGAUCAGGGACAGUGUGUGGCAGCAUGAGGUGCAGUUGGGUGGUUUUGGCAACGGCGAGUUCCAACAAACCACCAAAGACAACGCCUACGUCGAAGACGGAAAACUAGUCAUCAAAGCCACCCUCCAAGACGACAAGCUCCUCCUCUCCGACUCCAAAAUCGACCUCCUCGCCUCGGGCGACUGCACAUCCACCUCUUUCCAGAACUGCGUAGCAGCCACCAACACCACCGCCGGCAACUCCUCCAUCGUCCCGCCCGUCCUCUCCGCCCGCCUCAACACCCGCCUGGGAGCCUCCAUCAAAUACGGCCGCGUCGAAGUCACCGCCCGCUUGCCGGAGGGAGACUGGCUCUGGCCCGCCAUCUGGAUGAUGCCCGUCAACAACACGUACGGCGAGUGGCCGCAAUCGGGCGAGAUCGACCUGGCCGAGUCGCGCGGAAACAACUACACGUACCCGCAGGGCGGCAACGACAUCAUCUCCUCGACGCUGCACUGGGGCCCUUCCUCCCUGUCCGACGCCUUCUGGCGGACCAACGUCAAGCGCCAGGCAUUGCACACCACCUUCGCCAACAAAUACCACACCUUCGGGCUCGAAUGGUCAGAGAAGUACCUUUUUACGUAUGUCGACUCGCGCCUGCUGCAGGUGCUCUACGUGAACUUCAACAAACAGCCGCUCUGGCAGCGGGGCAAUUUCCCGCAGGUCGAAAACGGCACGCGCACCGUUGAUCCGUGGGGACAGACUGGACGCUUAAACACGCCGUUUGAUCAAAAGUUUUAUCUGAUUCUUAAUGUGGCGGUGGGAGGGACGAACGGCUGGUUCGAGGACCAGGUUAAUGGCAAGCCGUGGUUUGAUGCGAGUCCGAAUGCCAAAAAGGACUUUUGGCAGGCCAAGGAUCAGUGGUUCCCCACGUGGAAGAAGCCGCAGAUGGAGGUGGAGAAGGUGAUGAUGUGGCAGCAGUGUGAUGGGGGUGAGAAUGAGGAUCUUUAGUUUUUUUUUUUUUUUUUUUUUUUUUUGUUUGUUUUU